AUGUGCAACAACUACAAUAAAAGUAGUAUCACAGGCAAUACAAAUCAUACAAUUAAACCCUAUACUUUUACCACUGAACAAGAACAAAAAUGGAAAUCCACUAAAACAAUUGGAAUCAUAGGACUUGGCGAUAUGGGCUUAUUAUAUGCCACCAAAUUAUCGGAAAAUGGUUGGGACGUAGUUUGUUGUGAUAAAGCAGAUUUAUAUCCAGUAAUACUUGAGAAAUAUGGUGACAAUAAUGCGUACAAAUUUAAAAUAUUGAAAGAUGGUCAUUUGGUUAGUCGGGUAAGCGAUUAUAUUAUUUAUAGUGUAGAGGCUGAACAUAUAGAUAAGAUAGUCAAAGAAUAUGGUCCUAGCACCAAAUUAAAUAGUAUAGUUGGCGGCCAAACUAGCUGCAAAAAUCAAGAAAUCAGUAGUUUUGAAAAAUAUUUACCUUUGGACAUUGACAUCAUUUCACUACAUUCUUUACAUGGACCAAAAGUUGAUACAAGGGGACAACCAUUGGUCAUGAUCAAUCAUAGGGUUUCUAAUAAAGAACACUCACAGUUUGUUCGGUGCAUAAUUGAUUGUUUUGAAAGUAGAAUUGUUUAUUUAACCGCUUUAGAACAUGAUAAAAUCACUGCUGAUACACAAGCAGUUACACAUGCUGCAUUUUUAAGUAUGGGUGUUGCAUGGUAUAAAAGACAAACUUACCCAUGGUGUAAUCAAGAUUCUAAAUGGUGCGGCGGCUUAGAAAAUGCUAAAAUCAAUAUAUCGUUAAGAAUAUAUAUGAAUAAAUGGCAUGUUUAUGCUGGAUUGGCAAUUACUAACCCGGCAGCACAUCAGCAAAUACUACAAUAUGCUACUAGCGCUACCGAACUCUUCACUUUAAUGAUUGAAAACAAACGGGAAAAAUUGAUCGAUAGAAUAAUGAAAGCACGGGAAUUUGUGUUUGGUAAUCAAAAUACAAAUGGCAGUAAGCGACUACUUUUGGAUGAUUCAUUAUUAAUAGAAUUUAAUUUGAACAAAAACAAAGAUACUAGCACAAGUUGUGCCAACAGUAUGCCCAAUACACAUUUAUCUCUAUUGGCUAUUGUUGAUAGUUGGUAUCAGUUAAAUAUUAUCCCAUAUGACCAUAUGAUUUGCUCCACUCCAUUAUUUAGAAUAUUUUUGGGUGUUUCGGAAUAUCUAUUCCACGAUAAGAGCUCAUUACUGGAAAUUUUAGAUGCUAGUCUAAAUACCUAUAGUUUUAGAGGUGAUGAUUUAGAAUUUGUAAUAGCUGCCAGAAAUUGGAGCCAAAUUGUGUCGCAUGGUGAUUUUGAAUUGUAUAGGAAAACAUUUGAAGAGACUCAAAAGUUUUUUGAGCCAAUGUUUCCUGAAGCCAAUAGAAUUGGUAAUGAGAUGAUUAAAACUAUUUUAAAUAAUAACAAUUAG